AUGUUUACAAAUAAUUUAACUUUAUAUUGGUACGAAUCGAAUGAUUCUAUUGAUCGAUUAACGAAUUCAAUAUUAGAUAGAUUUUGUUGGGAAAUUUUACCAAAAAUUGAUCAUAAAAUAAAAUGGCUUACUCUUGAUUCAUUAUUAAUCAAACGUGUUGUUCGUUCUGGAAAUUAUCCUAAUUUAUAUGGGCUUUCUAUUUAUAACAUUGAUAUGGAAACAGUUUCAGAUCUCUUUAUUGAUAACAUUGAUUUUUUUCAUAUAUUGAAAAAUCAAAUAUCGUCACUUGUUAUUGGAAAUGAAACGAAACAUGGUUAUUACAAUUUAGAUAUUACUUGUAUUAUAUUUGGAAAUAUUUUUAAGAAUUUUCAAAAUUUAGAAUAUUUAAAAUUUGAACCAUCAAUAAAUUGUAAUGAAAAAAUCUUCUAUAAUCAUUUAGUUCCAUCAAUAUUCUCUUCUACUCUACUUAAAUUGGAUGUGAACGUGGCAACUAUUCAUGAUUGUCUUUAUUUACUUGAUGGUCGUUUCAACAAACUUGAAACAUUAAAUGUUAAUAUAGUAGUGCCAUUUUCGAAAUCAUUCUUUAAAAAAAUAAAUAAUAAAGGAAGUUUACCAAGUUUGAAAUCUUUUUCAUUAAUUUGUGAUUUGAGAAUAGAUUUUUAUGAUGAAAUUCUUCUACCACUUUUACAUCGAAUGUCGAAUUUAGAAAUGUUGACUGUAUGUUUUGGUGUUUGUGGAAGACAAACAUUUAUCGAUGGAAAUAAUUUAAUGGAAAACAUUGUUAGUGUAAUGGCAAAGCUAAAUAAAUUAACAUUUAAUAUUCGUUCAUAUGUAUCUCUUAAUAAUCAAAUUAAUUUUCCAUCAAAUAAAGAUAUUAAAAAUACAUUUAAAAAUUUUCGAAAUAAUGAAAUAAUAUCUUAUGUUAAUUAUUUUAAAGAAGCAAAACAAGGUCAAUGUCAUAUUUAUUCAUGUCCAUAUACAUUAAAAUAUUAUCAUUAUAUAACAAAUAAUUUUUCAGGUGGUUUAUUUAAAUCUGUUCGUCAAGUUGAAUUAUAUGAUGAAUAUUCAUUUGAACAUGAAUUUUUUAUUAAAAUUGAAAAAUUAUUUCCAUUAUUAGAAAAAUUAACUUUGAAAAAUAAUAAACCACAAAUAAAUAAAUGA